AUGUCUGAGCUUAAGGACUGGGACAAAAUGAUGGAAGCUUGUUAUUUAUGCGGGCAACUAUGUGCUCCAAAAGGACUGAAAGCCCAUAUUCGUAGCCAUACUAACAUAACUAUAUUUGAUUGUAGCGAAUGCAAUUUCAGAUUCUCUACUAAAAAAUUAUUGCAAGAGCACAAGAUCACCCAUGCCACUCAUUAUUUGUGCGAGGAAUGUAACGGAAAAUACAAAGACACUAAGCAUCUCAAAAGUCAUAAAUGUAUUCCUGUUAUGGAGCAGAGAGAAUGCAAAUACUGUGGUAAAUUUUGCGCUCCCAAAGGUCUUGUUCCUCACAUCCGCAGUCAUAAAAACUGCAAAAAGUAUGGGUGCGAUGAAUGUGAGGAUAAAUUCUCGUCGAAGAAAAAUUUGAAAAAGCACAAAAGUGCUCACAAAGUUUAUCUUCAAUGCGAUGAUUGUAACGGAAAAUUUAAAGAUGCUGAACGUUUAAAAACUCACACUUGUAUAUAUGGUAAGGAGAAGAAUCAUUUUUGUGAUAGCUGUGGCAAAGCUUUUUUCACUAGAUACGAUCUCAAUAGGCAUCAAAUAAUACAUACUAAUAGUAGACCCUUUAAAUGUGAUAUCUGUAAAAAAGGAUUCAACCAAAAAAGUAAUCGGGAUUCACAUUAUCGUACGCAUAACCAAAGUAAUGAAGAGAUUAUAAGAGAGAAAAAGUUCGUUUGUGAAAUAUGUUUUCAUGCUUUUGGCUAUAAACAGCAUUUAAAACGGCAUCUUCUUAUUCACAACAAUGAAAAGCCCUAUUCAUGUGAAACAUGUAAAAAAUGUUUUUCUCAAAAGUCCUAUCUCAAAUUACAUGCCUUAGUACAUACGAAUGAAAAACCUUUUGAAUGUGACAAAUGUCAUCGACGUUUCCCAUGUAAAUGGAAGUUAGUUCAACAUCAACGAAGACAUGAAGAACCUGUAAUUUUUUGUUCUUAUUGCAGUAAAGGUUUUUACAUGCCAUCUGAAUAUGACCGACAUUUAUUGAGCCAUACUAAGGCUAAACCUUAUAUAUGCGACAUUUGUCAUAAAGGUUUUACAGCUAGAUAUUCUCUGCAAGCUCAUUAUCACUGUCAUAUAAAUCGAGUUAAGAGAAAAAAUAAAAGAAACUAUGAAAUUGUUCAAACAAGUCAUGGAGAAAAUGAAACUGUGGAUGGUGAAAUAGGUAAUGAAGUUUUAGAAGAUGAAAUAAGUAAUGAAACUUUUGAAGGUGAAAUAGAUAAUGAAACUUUUGAAUCCGAACUAAAUUAUGAGGCUGUUGGAGAAGAAAUAAAUUAUGAGGUAAUUGAAAUUAAUAAGGAUGAUAUUAAUCAAGGAAACAGUAUAAUUAAUUCUGUGGAUGAUUCUAAUGAUGCAAAUGACGACAUAGUUUCAUUCAAUUACGAAAAUUAUUCGGAUAACUUUAAUGAUCAAGAUGAUAAUUUUGAUUUCUGUCCCUCAAAAUGUAAAGAGUUACCCCAAUUUAGGAAAUAUGGUUCCAAUGGUUUGGACUUAAGAACAAUGGGAAAAUCUAUAGCGAUAGCUGCUGAAAGAGCGAUAAAAGUACCACAUGGAUUUAUGGUCAGAAGCAUGUCAAAAAGUGAUUCAUCAAAUGAGAGAUUCAAACUUCUGUGCUGCAACAGUCUUUUAAUUAAAUUUGGUAUAAAUGUCAACCUCUCAAGUCAGUUUUAA